CGUAUGUAUGUGUGUGUAUGUGUGUGUGUGUUUCUUGACCUUCAGGUAGCAUACACCGUUGAUUUUCACUGAACUGUUGGGAGUCAAGUGUGUUGGUUGAUCAACUGUGCUGCCCCAGUCACCACACAACCUGAGCUCGUCAUGCUAAGGCUCUCCUUUCUCUCACUCUCACUGCUGCUACUCCAGGUGAUAAACGUGCAGGCUCAGUUACACCGGAACUGCAAGCUCUACUAUGACUCCACAGGCUGCAAGUGUGGAACAUACGAAAUACUGCGGCACGUAUAUCCAUGGAUUGUGCACAUGUACCAUGAGGACAAGAGCAAGGAAUGCAUGGGUGCGCUCAUCAACAAUUGGUAUGUGCUCGCCUCUGCCACUUGUGCCUUGAAUUCCCGCAAGGACACCAUUAAGUAUUUCAAGGCAACCUUUCAACAUAUGGACAGGGAUACAACUGAGACCAACAUCACUGAUGUCAUCAUCCACCCAGAUUAUGAUCCCACUGGCAAAUUCACAACAAAUGAGUUGAUGUUGUUUAAACUUGAAAGAGAGAUAGAUAUGAAUAAUCGCUCCCCAGCUUGCCUUCCAAAACAGAAUGAUGUGCUACCCAAAAUUAAGAAUAUUUAUGUAUUCCAGUGGAAAUAUGAGGGAAAAAGAAGAAAAUUUGUAGAAAGGCUUGAUCUUCAAAAGUGUUUUGCAGAAGCUAAUGCCACCAAACCUGAGGAUGGUGAUUCUAAAUACAUUUGUGUGGGAGGUAAGGAUGUGGAUGUGUGUGGAACAACUGGCACCUUGCUGAUGGCCAGUUUUGAUAACCAGCUCUUUACCCUGUAUGGCAUAACUUCCAAUGACCGUGUCAUCAACAUGUGUAAAAAUAAAAAAAUAGGCCUAUUUACUAAAUUAUCACCUUAUGUGGAGUGGAUUAAAGAAAACACCAAGGACGCUAAAUACUGCAAGUAAUGUUUGAUCUCAACCAACUCUACCAAACCAAGAUUAUUUUUUUAAUGCAGUCAUAACUUUUCUGAUAAUUCUAUCAUGUAUUUAUUCACAUAUUGUAUGAAUUGUACUCCAGUGGCAUCCAGCAGUGUUACAUUAUAGUUACUAGUUGUAUGUAUAAUUACUUUCUUAUGUAGCAGCAUAUAACUAUGUAUGUAUGUGUGUAGGUUGAGAGGAAGGAAUGGGUAUAGGGCUUCCAUGCUCACACCACCUCAUGUCACACAUAAUUGUAUUUUUCAUAGAGAGUUUGUUGCUAAUGAUGAACAAAAUUGCAUAAAACAUGUAUAUUUUUCUUUCACUUAUAGUACGAUAAUAAUAAUAAUAAUAGUAAUAAUAAUAAUAAUAAUA